UCACCAUUCAUCGUUGGUCCGGUGGCGAAUCAAGAAACUACGUUCGUGAAAACAAACUUUAUUAAAGUUUUUCUAGGUGUCCUGUUCAGUACUGAAACCUCGUUGAAUAUAUUUGCUGAUUGGAAAACUAACAGCGAUGAAGGCGGCAAUUAUUGUAAGUUUGCUCGUCGCUGCGGCGUUGGCUGCACCUUCUCAAUACGGCUCUGGUUAUGGACAACGUGCAGAGGUUGUGUCUUUAUACACGGAUGAGCAAUGGGCAUCGUUGAACCCUGUUAGAUCUGAUAACCCAUAUGAGAAUGAAGAGAUCCAAAAACAGUGGGCCAGCUUUCUUCAAUACCUUCCCUGGUUGACGGGACCUAUCGGUCCUGCAGGACCCCGAGGACUCACUGGUGCUCCAGGUGCUCCUGGAGAAGUCGUCGUAGUACCAGGACCGCAAGGCCCCGUUGGUCCACUUGGCCCAGCCGGACCUAAAGGAGACACUGGAAGUCCCGGAGAACCUGGAGCUCUUGGUGAAACUGGGCCUCAAGGAAAAGAUGGGUAUGACGGAGCUCCUGGACCUCAGGGACCUAAAGGCGAACGAGGUGAUAACGGAGAAACCGGACCUGCUGGCCUACCUGGAGCUAAAGGCGAAAGAGGAGAAGCGGGACGUAACGGCCUACCAGGUUUUGUCGGAGCUCCAGGCGCUCCUGGAAAAGACGGUCGACCAGGAGAUGCUGGACCACAAGGACCUAAGGGUGAUACUGGUGCGCCUGGUCAAACUAUUCCUUCCAAGGUCCCAGGCCCACCAGGUGCUCCAGGAGCCCCUGGUAAAGAUGGAGCUCCAGGCGCCCCCGGUUUAACUGGACCAGUUGGCCCCGUAGGCCCACAAGGACCUCAAGGACCUGCCGGCAAAACAGGUGCUCCUGGUUUCAACGGCGGACCUGGUCCCAAAGGAGAUAACGGAGCUACCGGAGCCCCCGGUGCUCCAGGCAAAGAUGGUCUUCCUGGCGCCCCGAGUACCCAACCUGGACCCCAAGGUGAGAGAGGACCUCAAGGACCAGCCGGAGGACCAGGUUUAGCUGGUAGGGACGGCCUUACUGGCGAAACGGGUGCCCCCGGUAAAGAUGGAAAAGAUGGUGCUCCUGGCCCCCAAGGCCCUCAAGGCGAACAGGGACAACCUGGCAAAGAUGGUCACCCUGGCCCAGCUGGCCCAGUAGGAGCUCCAGGACCCCAAGGACCUCAGGGAGAAACAGGCAUUCAAGGACCUCAAGGACCUACAGGCCCAUCUGGAGAAACUGGCCCCACUGGCCCUGCUGGACCUGAAGGUAAAGUAGGACCUGCAGGAUAUCCAGGUGCCGCUGGACCAAAAGGCCCAGCCGGACCACGUGGACCUGCUGGACCCGCUGGUGAAGAAGGUGAAACUGGUGCCCCUGGUGCCCCAGGAUCUCCCGGACCUGUUGGACCUGCUGGCCCCCCAGGAACGACCAAAGGAUACGAAUCAGAUAGCGCGUAUGGAUCUGAAAAGAGGGUGAAGGAGCCUCAAUAUGGAUCCGAAAAGAGAGUGAAGGAACCCGAAUAUGAGUCUGGAAAGAAAGUGAAGGAAACUGAAUAUGAGUCUGGAAAGAAAGCUGUAUCUGGUCGUUAUAGGACUACCACAAGGUCUUACAAGGAUUCUGAGGAGGAGCGUGCUUAAGGGUUAAAUACUAAAAUGUUAAAUCGUAAUGAAGAAUUCUUAAUAUCUUUAUUUUCGGAAUAGUUUAUGUAUAGCUAACAGGGCGUGGUCGGUCAUAUCGCCACACAAUUUUGACGGAAAAGCGAUCAUUGCUGCAUUUGAUUUAAAGCCACAUUUUUUUCAUCUUGUUAUAUUGCACAUCAGAUGUCUGAUGCUAUUUGGUAAACCUGAAUACACAUAUGGAAACACA